CCCGUGCAGAGCUCCACACAGGAGAUUGGAGAAGAGCUGGAGGAUGGUGUGAUCUACAGCAUAUCCCUCCGGAAAGUGCAGCUGCAUCACGCGGCCAACAAAGGGCAGCGGUGGCUGGGGUUUGAGAAUGAGUCAGCCUUGAACCUCUACGAGACAUGUAAGGUGCGGACGAUAAAAGCUGGGACCUUGGAGAAGCUGGUGGAGUACCUGGUCUCAGCCUUCAAGGGUAAUGACUCCACCUAUGUCACCAUCUUCCUGUGCACUUACCGGGCCUUUGCCACCACCAAGCAAGUGCUGGACCUGCUGCUUAACAGGUACGGCAAACUCCACGUACAGGCAAACGGGGACCACGCCAGGCAUGCUGUGGAUGAGAGGAUGGAGCUGAAGAACACCAUCUCCUCCAUCCUGGGUGCCUGGCUGGACCAGUACUCAGAGGACUUCCGCAAGCCCCCAGACUUUGCCUGCCUCAAGCAGCUCAUCUCCUACGUGCGCCACAACAUUCCCGGCUCCGACCUGGAGCGCCGAGCGCGCAUCCUGCUCGCCCAGUUCCAGCAGCAGGAGCAGAGCGAGUCUGAAGCAGAAGCUGUGGACCAUGGUGGCUGCACCUUCCAGCUGGUGGAGGAGAACGGGGUUGGGGAAGGAAAGCCAGAUUUCCUCUCCUUCUCCCCAGAGAUGGUGGCAGAACAGUUCACGCUGAUGGAUGCUGAGCUGUUUAAGAAAGUGGUGCCUUACCACUGCCUGGGUUGCAUCUGGUCCCAGCGAGACAAGAAGGGCAAGGAGCACCUGGCACCCACCAUCCGUGCCACGGUCUCACAGUUCAAUAGUGUGGCCAACUGUGUCAUUGCCACGUGCCUCGGGGACCGAUCCCUGAAGCCGCAGCAGAGGGCGAAAGUGGUGGAGCGGUGGAUCGAAGUGGCUCGGGUAUGCCGCAUCCUGAAGACCUUCUCCUCCCUCCGGGCCAUCCUCUCUGCUCUGCAGUGCAACGCUGUUCACCGGCUGAAGAAGACCUGGGAUGAGGUCCUGAGGGAGAGCUUCCGCACUUUCCAUGAGCUUUCUGAGAUCUUCUCUGAUGAGAACAACCACUCGCUGAGCCGGGAGCUUCUUAUCAAGGAGGGCACGUCCAAAUUUGCCACCUUGGAGAUCAACCCCAAGAGGGCUCAGAAGCGGCAGCAGCAGCAGCGAGAGAUGGGCGUGAUGCAGGGCACCAUUCCUUACCUUGGCACCUUCCUCACGGACCUGGUGAUGCUGGACACUGCCAUGAAGGAUUUCGUGGAUGGCGGGCUGAUCAACUUUGAGAAGAGAAGGAAGGAGUUUGAAGUCAUUGCCCAGAUCAAGCUGCUUCAGUCAGCCUGCAACAACUACAGCUUCACACAGGAGGACCAGUUCGUGGACUGGUUCCACAGCCUGGAGCGGCUCAGCGAGGCCGAGAGCUACGGGCUGUCGUGUGAGAUUGAGCCGCUGUCAGAGUCAGCCAGCAACACCUUGAAGGCCAAGAAAAACACGGGCAUCAUCAAGCGAUGGAGCGACCGGCAGCCGCCCAGCACCGAGCCCUGCGCCAGCGGCAGCUCCCACUCCAAAUCCUUCGACCAGCUCAAGUGUGGGCAGUACCUGGGCAGUGGGGACGCCACCGACUCCGUCAGUGUCACCUCUGCUGGCUCCAGCAGCUCUGAUGUGGAGGAGAUCAACAUCAGCUUUAUCCCCGAGUCCCCCGACUGCCAGGAGAAGAAGGUACGGGGCAGCUCGCGGGCUAAAACCACUGUGUCCUCCGCAUCCCCUCUCCUCCCUGCCCUCCAGUUUUGGGAAUCCACCUCCCUCUCCUCCCUGGACACAUCGGGCAUCGGCUCGGGCUCCAGCAGUGCCUCUUCCUCCUCUGUGUCCUCCACGCCGGUGACGGCCUCUCGCACCCACAAGCGCUCGGUCUCUGGCAUCUCCAGCUACUCCUCCCUCUCGCUUCCCCUCUACAACCAGCAGGUCGACGACUGCUGCAUCAUCCGUGUCAGCCUGGCUGUGGACAACGGCAACAUGUACAAGAGCAUCCUGGUGACGAGUCAGGACAAGACUCCGGUUGUUAUCCGCAAGGCCAUGGCCAAACACAACCUGGAUGGAGACCGGCCUGAAGACUACGAGCUGGUUCAGAUCAUCUCAGAGGAGAGAGAGCUGAAGAUCCCUGACAACGCCAACGUCUUCUAUGCCAUGAACUCUGCCGCCAACUACGACUUUGUGCUGAAGAAGCGGGGCUUCUCCAAGGGGGUGAAGAUCAAGCACGGCUCCAGCUCCACCCUGCCCAGGAUGAAGCAGAAAGGCCUGAAGAUUGCCAAAGGCAUCUUCUAG